AUGCGCUUCCAGAACACCCUCUCCCUGCUCACCAUUGCGGCCGCCGGCGUCUUCGCCCAGACUGGCGAACUUGGAGACGCACCGGUCGUCAAGAACAACCCACCUGGAGUUGUCUACUCGGCCACCCUGCCCCCCUCGGCUUUCACCAAGUCUGCCUAUCCUGAUGGCGGUAAUGCUAAGGGCUCCAUCUCGGCCGUCGCCAGCCCCGACGGUGUGGGCGUCAUCUUCAAGGUGCGCUUCUCGAACCUCCCCAAGGAGGGCGGCCCGUUUACCUACCACCUUCACAACGCCCCGGUCCCAGCUAAUGGCAACUGUACCGCCGCCAACUCGCACAUCGACCCUUACAUGCGCAAGGAUGACCCUCCCUGCGAUAGCAAGGCCCCCCAAACUUGCGAGGUCGGUGACCUGAGCGGCAAGCAUGGUAAGAUCACGUCGGACCCCUUUGAGGCUUCUUACACCGACCUCUACGCCUCGACUCUCAAUACCGAUCCGGGCUUCUUCGGAAACCUCAGCUUUGUCCUGCACUUCGCCAACAAGACCCGCAUCUCGUGCGCCAACUUCGAGAAGGUCCAGGCCGGUACUCCCGUUCCCACCGACAACUGCACGACCACGACUAAGGUUCCCGUUGGUACCGGAGGUACUACCUCGGUUCCCACGCAGUCGAGCAUUCCCAUUGCCGGUGCUUCUCUCGUGAGCAAGUCGGCUGCCAUGCUGGGUGCUGGCGCUGCCUCGCUUUUCGCAGCUGCCUUGCUGCUGUAA